GAAAGUGGGCGGAGUCGCUAGACAUGUGGUAGAGAUUUGUAAUCUGUAGCUCUAGCUCUGCCCUCUGAGCUCUGCCUUUGAAUUUGCUGUACGGUUUCAACUCUGUUCUUUUAUAGCUCAAGCUCUAUCAUGUGGUAUCUGGAAAACGAGAGAGAUGCUAGCUUCAAGCUGUCCCUACCAGUAGGACGAGAACUGAUUGUCGGAAGAAAAGAUUGUGAUGUGCUCAUUCCAAAUGACAAGUCAAUCAGUAGAAAACAUGCUCUCAUUCGUGUGGACAACCGGACAAGGUCGAGUCCGCUGUUUCUAACAGACUGUGAAUCCAAGUUUGGUACCCACCUGGGGAAAAGGAAGCUGUCACCGGGGGAACAGGUGCAGCUGUGCGGGGGAGAGGAGAUAAAGUUCGGACAGGGGCCCACCUCUGGAAACCUCAGGAUUGUGUUUGAACCGUUUGUGUUGUGCUGUUCCAGCAUGCCUUCAGCUGAGAAGAGGGAAGUCAGUCAACUGGUCAAGGAGUUAGGUGGUCGCAUGUCUGGAAAUUGGACUACCGAGUGCAGCCAUCUCGUCAUGUCUUCCCUAACUGUCACUGUCAAGGUGGUGUGUGCCCUAGCAUCGUGCAGGCCCAUCAUAACUAUAGCCUGGUUGAGGGAUGCUGUAGCAAGUUGCCGUGAUAACAAGGCUCUGCCGAAACCCACCAAGUACAUGCCCACUGUGGUGGACGAGGAAGUGAGGAAAUCUGACACUUGUUUCAGUCCCAACUUCAAGAGGAGGACAUUGUUCCAGGACAGAGUGUUCUAUUUCUUCAAUCAAAGUCAGAUGGCCAGUCUUCAGGUGUGUCUAAGUGCAGCAGGUGCUCAGUGUAAGCUCAUCAACAAGCCUCGCUCUGUUCCCGUGGAGACACUGGUUGUCAAGGAGUCUAUUGUCGUGGGUCUCAAAGACGACUUGGGUAGCUCCGAUGAGAUAGAGUGGGCGGAGGAAGUUAAUGACUUCCUUGUCAGUCGAGAUAUGAGGAGCAUUGCCGAGCCUGAGGUGGGGUUUGCUCUCCUGCACAUCUCCAUAGAAACCUACUGUAACCCCAAGAGCAAAGAGGGUGGAUCGACGGCCACUAUUUCCAUGGCUCCGCCUUCCCUAUCGCAAAUGGUCCAAACUCAGAGCAUACAGUCACAAGCCGGACCUGCCCCCUCACAGGCCCGCCCACCCCACAGCCUCACACCAUCACAAAUUAAGCCCACCCCCUCACAAUCCAUCCUUGCUCCAAACACAUGCAGUUCGCUGAGCACCCAGCAAUCAAGCAAUUCAACGCAAACCAAAAUGGCCGAUGGAAAUCAAUCAAAAACUAGUAGAAUUUCAGAGACGCCACCUCACCCUAAGUGUUCUAACGAAGGUCAAAGUGCAGCCAAAAUUAAUAAUAGUAUUCCGGACAAAUCUCAGAGGUCAAGAAGUGAUGUCAUCCCUAAAACAAUGACCAACCAGAAGUUAACAGAUUUCAUUAAACCAACGCAACCAGUGUUGACACGAACCACUCAAGCCAAAAAUAACUCUAAGAAGAUCAGAAUAGAACGUAAAAUAAUGUACGAAGAUACAAACGAUGAUGAAGAAGUUGUUGAUAAUUCACAAUCUGAUUCUCAGGAAACUAAUUCCAAAACUAAUUCUUCAAAAAAACUUCCUGGUCUAAGCCUUAAGAGAAACACACCAACUAAGAAAUCCCGUAUCCACUAUCAGAGUCAAGAAGAUGUCCUGUCAGAGUCCGUCAAAUCCAACCAAUCAGCUCAAGACUUGUGCGUACUCGGCCCAAGCUUAGACUCUAAUGAAAAGAAAGACCCGGGCAAAAGCCAGUCAUCCCAGAACGUUAGUGUGCUCGCUCUGAACUCUUUGACCCCUGGCUCAACUCAAAGGAAGAGGUCUGAUAGUAACGCACUCCCUGGGGCUAGUCUAAUGAAUGAGCUGUUUCAAGGAAGAGGGAGGAAAAAACGUAAAGUAGACGAUGUUUGCGAUGAAUCGAUUGACGAGAGUCAACCAAAAAAGUCACGAAAAGAAUCACUAAGCACAGCACCUCGAGACGAUCGUGAUGGUGAAAAUAUUGAUGGCAAACGAAAUUCAAUUUUAAUCAACGAUUCUCCCCCUAAAUUGAAGUGUCUAGACAAUGAUGAACAUACAAACCAGUUAGAGGUUGACAAGGUUGACAGCGAAUCUGAAGUGCGGAGCAAGCUACCUAGUCGAGCUUCGAACACACAACUCACACCAAGACCACUGGCUACCUCCACACAAGCAGCGGGACGCAAAACACCUGCGAAAAAAAUCAUCAAAGUCUCUCCAAUAGCCAGCACCACUUCUUUCCUUAGUACUCGAAAACGGCGAAAAAUUGAAACUGAAUCUGAAAUGUCGACUAUUCCAGCACUGUCUUUUAGUGAAGCUGCCGACCAGAAUGCGUCUCUAUUUGCUGAUACUCAGGCUGCAUUGACGGGGAAGGAUUGGCUCACACCGUUUACCAAACUGGCGACUUCUGAGAAAGCGCCCGCCCCGACUAGUAUCUUCACUACCACGGGCAAGAGGUCAAAGGUCAACCCUAGGACGGAAGCUGAUGCGCUUUGGAAGGAAGAGGGUGUUGGUGGUGAAGGGGAAAACCCCCUGGGGACUCAGUACGAGGACCCCUCACAAAGCAAGAAGUACAAGCCAGUGCUGUCGGGAGACGGGUUCAUUUUGCCCAGGGCCAAACCAACAGUGGAGUCUUCCAAGAUGGGAAGGUUUGCUCGCAUGGCUAAGUCAGAAUAUCUUCGAUCUCCCGGGUCCCCCGAGGGCAUGGAGGUGGGUGAGGGCAGUGAGGAAACCCACCCUCCCAUUUCUUACCAUGUGGAGGUUGUGAGCCUUGUGAUAACAGCUGGGAGUGGGCGGAAGAAGUGUAAAGGUGUGAGGAGUGGGCGCAAUGGCCGACUGAGGAACUUCAAGAAAUUUAAUAAGGUACAGAAUGCAGGUGGAGAUUGCUUACCCUCGUUCCCAGCCUUGGCGAGAUAUGUUCCCCCCUCCUCCAGUGAACUGCUCGACUGGACAGUCGUCGAUGAACAGAGAAAUAGUCGAGAUGCCCCCAACAGAGACAGUGAAUCAGAGGAGGGGUCUCAAUCUCAAAACAUCUUCACUCUACCGAAAAGUGGACGACGAAGAAUAAAAAAAUGAUAACACUCUGUGUCAUGCUUUUGCAGUACGUUUUAUGAAUUUUAUACGUUACGUUGAUCCUCUGUUCACUUUCCUUAUGUAGCAAAAUUUGCAAUUACUUGAA